GCCCUGCCAGCUCAUGAGGUGAGGGGCUUGUCCUUGGUGUCAGCCAGCCUGCUGUAAGUGAUGUCUCUUCUUAUCUCGCUGCUGACAAACCAUCAUCCUUCAUCGGGCCUAUUUAAGGCAGGGGAGUGCAGAAGGCACCAGCAAAACAGCCGCACAGAGUCUCAGAGGUACAAGGAAGCCGGGAUCGUUCGCCGCUUUUGCCGACUGCUGCGAUGCUGCCAGCGACUUUCAAGCUGUGUGCCGGCAUCUCCUACAGACACCUGCACAGCACAAUGGGCUUGAAGAGACAAGCUGCUGUUGCAAUUGUCCAGGAGAUAAAUAAAUGUGUACUUACCAGGCCUGGUUCCAGCAAGUGGAUCAAUCAUGUGCGCAGAAGGAGCUCUUUGCUAAGUUCUAGACUGGAAGAAAACCACUUCAAUGAAAUGGAGAUGUCCUAUAUCAAGCAAGGAGAGGAGGCGCUCCAGAAAUCACUUAAUAUUCUUGGAGAACAGAAUGACUGGAAAACAGAGACAGUGAUGGAGAAUGGUGACAAAGUCUUGAGCAAAGUACUCCCAGAUGUGGGGAAAGUAUUCCGGCUAGAAGUGGUGGUUGAUCAACCCCUGGACUGUGUCUAUAGCGAGUUAGUGGAAAGGAUGGAGCAGAUGGGAGAAUGGAACCCAAAUGUCAAAGAAAUCAAGAUCUUGCAGAAGAUCGGCACAGACACUGUGAUCACUCAUGAAACUGCAGCACCGACCCCUGGCAACAUAGUUGGGCCACGAGACUUUGUGAGCGUCCGCUGUUCCAAGAGGCGUGGUUCGACAUGUGUUCUAGCUGGCAUGUCUACCACCUACGCAGCAAUGCCUGAACAAAAAGGUGUUAUCAGAGCUGAGAACGGUCCCACCUGUAUGGUUCUUCGGCCUCUCACCGGCGACCCUUCCCAAACGAAACUAACCUGGCUUCUUAGCAUCGACUUGAAGGUACAUGGACAUGGGAUGGUUGCCAAAGACACUCAUCAACCAAGUCCUCUCCCAGACCCAGGUGGAUUUUGCUAAACAUCUACGCAACCACUUGACCAGCAAUUCCGCCUCCAUGCUGCAGGCUGCAUGCCACUGAAACAAAAUCACCUCUCCCUCCCUCCUCCUGGGUGAUGCCCCUUCCCCUGCUCACGGUCCACUUGUUAACAAGACUCUUCCUCUGGCAGCUGAAGCCUUCUGCUGUAGGAAAUGGCUGAAAUGUAAAUGUACUGCCUUCAAUUCCAACUUAUGGCGACCCUACGAAUAGGGUUUUCAUGAGGCUGAGAGGCAAUGACUGGCCCAAGGUCACCCAGUGAGUUUCAUGGCUAUGUGGGGAUUCAAACCUUGGUCUCCCCAGGUCAUAGUCCAACACCUUAACCACUACACUACACUGGCUCUCGGACAUUAACCUCUUCUGCUUGCUGGCUCCUCCGAGUGCUUCCCGAGAAGUGGCAUUUUUUACUUUCUCCCAAAGUGGUGUGUGUGUGCUGAGGUCUGCAUGUCCUCAGGGGUGGUCUGUUGUAGACUAGUGAUGGCAUUGCCAGAGCCAAAAGGGAGAUUUGGCCAUCCCCAUUUCUCUCUCUUCUCCCCCCCUACAUCCUGUUCAGUUGCCAGAGGGACAAAUCACUCGUCAGAGGUCUGAACUGAUGGCUUGCACAAAUCUUUUGAAAUUAGGCCGAGGGCCAAAAAUUACCCACUGCUGGGUCUAAAGGGUCAGCCAGCACGAAUAUUGGCACUGGCGGCUAGCUUCAUUGAUCCUCUGAGAAUGCUUUUAUGAAAAAGUGCAGGGUUGAGUAGAUUUUGCAUCCCCAUGUUUUUAACAAAGGGUUCCUUUUGAAAGACAUGCCUGAAACCUCGUUUUAGAGCAUCUUGAAAACAGAACCAAGUUAAUAAAGCUCAUAUGAGAACUUAAGCCAUGAUCUCAAGUAUGCUUGCUUUUUAAAAUCCACCACGUAAAUACAUCUUUUAAAUUUAUUGCAUUUUUAUACAAGACUUGUGUUCCAGGAAUACAGGAUGUGCUUGGUCCUCUAUUUUUUUCUUCCAAUAAGACUGUGGGAUAGUUUCAGGAAGAGUUCCUCCAGACAACAUAUUUAUUGAGCAUUCAUCCUGUUGUGCUUGCAGAAAGCUUAUGUGGGAGGUUAGAUGAUAUCCGCCUUAUUUCAGAUUUGUCUUGUAUGACAAUACGCAUUCCUUCUGAUUUUUCUUGCAGGGUGUUCAUAUACCCUGUUAAUCAUGUGUUUAUUCCAUGCUUUUAAAUGCAUUUCCCUGUCACUUUUCUAACAAAAAAAUCAGUCUUUUUUGAAGUGGAUUGGUUGCAGUAGGGUGAGAUUCACUUUAAUUGUGCAAAACUACAUUUCCCAAUAUGUGCUUUAAUCCCUCCCGCAAAAUACUGACAGCCUAGAACAGAGAUGGAGAAUCCUGUGGCCCUCCAGUUGUUGCUGAACUACAACUCCCUGCAAGCAUCGCCAAUGACCAGGGAUGAUGGAAGCCAUAGUUCAGUGACUUCUGGAGGGUCAAAGGGUCACCACACCUGGCCUAGAGGGGCUCUGAGAGGUUGUGAUUGGCCCAGGAUCAACCAGAAAUCCUCAAGGCUGAGUGAAGAUUUGAACCCGAGUCUCUGCAGUCUAAUUCUAGCAGCAUUCAACCUACUCCACUGCAUGGGUUCUUAGGGCCUGAUUUAGGAUCAGUCUGCCUGGGUCAGUUCAUUCCUGAAUCUAUCUCAUCUCUUAGAUAUUUAGCACUCAGCUACCCUCCACUAAAAUGAGUGGUCAAGAAACCUCAGCUUGCUGGCAGAGCUGAGGUCUUGUGUGCAGAAGGGCUCAUGCUCAAUCCCUGGCCUCUCUAAUUAAAAACAAAGGAUCGGGUUAGCAGGUGCUAUGGAAGACCUCUGCCUGAGAUCUCAGAGAGCUGAUGCUAGUCAGAGCAGACAAAACUAGGUUAGAUGGCCAAACAGUCUGACCUGCUAUACAUAAGGUAAGGGCACAAGAGCCCUACUGGAUCAGGUCAGUGCCCCAUCUAGUCCAGCAUCCAGAUGAAGUGCACAAGCAGCAUCUGACUGAAGGACUCUUCCCCCUUGCGAUUCCCAGUAACUGGUACUCAGAGGUAUACUGCCUGAUAGUAGAGGUAGAAUAUAGUUAUGACAGCUUCCUGAGUUCCAAAUGGCCUCUUUUCUUGAAGUGCAGUGCCCAAGGUGACAUCCAAUCUGAAAGCUUUUGUAUAUGGCAUUAGGUCACAGCUGGUGCCUGUUUAGGUUCGCAGAGGACUCCGUGCAAGAUGCUCUCAGCGCACACCCAAUUCUCCCAGUUUGCCAGUUGCCUCUCCCUGUAAGCCCAACCCACACCAGCUCCCAGAGAGAGAGAGAAGGCAUGCAAAAGUUAGUGCUCCUCGCUUGCUUAUUUGAAGGCAGCAGGUGAACAGGUAGCAUCAGCAAGCAAGAACAGCAGGGCAAGGAGGCUCCAAGGAUGGGCCACAGACAUGGGCGUCAGCAGGUGCUCAACAAUGCCAGCCCCUGCUCAUGGCUGUUUCAAACAUGCAAGUUGACCAAUGCAGUUUGAACUCUCCCUUAGUCUUAAUGGGCUCCUGGUUAGCUGGGCAAGACGCUCAAUGUUUUGUCUGCAUUAAAAAUGCAACUGAUAAUCACUUUGCAUUAAAGCAUUAAACCAUACAAUUGCUGAACAUCCUUUGUAGCUUAAAAGCCACAACCAGCAGUCAGACCCUUCCAAAAUUCAUAGAUAAAAAUAGGGUCAGCCUUGUGUAUUUUUAACACCUCUAUUUCCUUUCCAAAGCUCUCUGGCCAAAUCUCUUCCCAUCUCCACCCGCCAAAAUGCAAAUAUCCGUUUCUGAUGACUUUGCUGGAUUCAGCCCUAUCUUUUGGCAGAAGGUCCACAGCUCAGUGGCAGAGCAUCUGCUUUGCAUGCAGACACCUCCAGGUUCAGUUCCUAGUAUCUCCAGGUGAGAGAACUCUGGCUGAAAUCCUGGACAGCCACUGCCAGUCAGUGGUGACAAUACUGAGCUAGAUGGACCAAUGUCUAACAUAGUAUAUGGCAGUUUCCUCUCUUUCUCAGAACCAUAGCAGAGGAGGAAAGUUAAUCCCCAGUGCAAUCGCCGUAACUAGCAGCCAUUCUCUCCUUCCCCCUGGCUCCAAGCUGUUAACAAAAUCUGCAGUUUAAAUGCAAAGCUAUUUGAUAUUUAAUGUCAUGUGUAAGUUAGGGUCAUCAACCAAGUUAAAAUAAGCCAGGUACACUCCUAAACUCUCUUUGGGAAUCUGUGAUCUCAGAAGUCUGGCCUUGGAGUUGGCACAUUAGCCAACUUCACCACAGCUUUUACUAUUUCACCUACCUGGAUCCUUGAAUAUGCCACUGCUUUCAGCCACCUAUAAAAAAAUCCAGUUUGUAGGUAUUUUUUCCUUGUUUGCAGUUGGACAAAGUGUUUACUUAAUAUUUAUUCGAAGAUGAAAAAUUGUUCUGUUUGACUUUUGCAUACCAGCAGAACUGUGUAACAUGAAGAUUUGGUGUGCUAACACACCCAAGCUAUGUGAAAAAGAAUAACUACUUCUUUUGACCUGAGACAUUAAAAAGUAGCAGAAAACACAGCACAGGAAUUAUGCAAG